GAUGGCGUCGGAAGAACAGUGCUCGGCACCACCUCGAUGGCGGUCGAUAUCUUUAACCCAUGUCGAGUAUCCUGCCGGUGAUCUGACAGGUCAGGUGUUGGCCUAUAUGAGUCUGUUACCUGUGGCAAUCCUGGUGGGAUUUGUCACACUCAUCAUUUUUAAGAGGGAACUGCACACGAUCUCCUUCUUUGGGGGUCUGGUAAUGAAUGAGGGGUUGAACUGGCUACUGAAGCAUAUUCUGAGGGAGCCCCGCCCUUGUGGAGGUGCCCAUAGCACUCUGACCACAGAGUAUGGCAUGCCCUCCAGCCAUUCCCAGUUCAUCUGGUUCUUUGUCAUUUAUUUCUUUCUUUUUCUAUAUUUUAGAAUGCAUCAAACAAACAACGCCAGAUGUGUGGAGUUGUUAUGGAGACAUGUAUUGUCAAUCAUUCUGUUGGGCGUGGCUUUUUCUGUAUCAUACAGCAGAGUGUACCUACUCUACCACACCUGGGGACAGGUGAUCUAUGGGGGCGUAGCUGGAAGCAUAGUGGGUGUGGUCUGGUUUUUCAUCACCCAGGAGGUGUUGACACCGCUGUUCCCCAAGAUAGCAGCCUGGCCCAUAUCAGAGUUUUUCCUGGUGAGAGACACAAGUCUCAUUCCCAACAUCUUGUGGUUUGAGUACACAGUCACCAGAUCGGAGGCAAGAAACAGACAACGAAAGCUGGGAACAAAACUCCAGUGAUCUGCUAGAACUCCUGGUUCAAAACUGAUUGAAAAAGGACCACACACAUCUUACAUAUAUACACACAGACACACACACACACACAUACAUCCACAUUCUCAAACACACUGGAGACUCAUAACCUGGCCUGUUGUGGUCGAGAGUGGACAGAGGACUGAACUUCUUUCAGGUGGACCAAAGGAGAGAAGUGGAUCGUGGCAGUAGUGGUUAGACUGUAUGGUCAGAACCGGUUUGGGGUCAACCGUUUCUCUUCUCCUCUCCUCUUCUCUCCCCCUCUCCUCCUCCUCCUGCUCAGCCUGUGCCGGUGCGACACAUGCAUGCAGACCGUGCAAGAGGCAAAAACUAUUUCAAAAUAUAAGUCAUAUAUUUUAACCGUUAACGCACGCGGGGCAAAAUACAGCACUGUAUUUAAUGUAGAAGGGGGUGAGAGAUGAUAACUAUGAUGAUUCUGUGAUUUACGUGACCAACGUGUGGCAGGUUUUACAACAGCAUGAGAUUAGGUUCCGAUUUUUUUUUUUUUUUUUUGUUGAAGUAUAGGAGACUUGUGGGUUAAAUGAUGUGGUUUAGGCUGGGAGGAGGGGGGGGUGGUCUGGGGGAUUCGUUGUUUGCCCAAAGGGCAUAACUGGGAGCAUGGGACAGGGGACAUGAGAGGGUAGAAAAUAAUUCAGUGCUUUGGUUGAAAAGAAAAAAUGUAAUAUAAACUAAACGUAAUUUGCACUUUGUGAAUUAAAAAAAAAAGAGAUGACAGCAUUUUUACUAUUAACACUAGUUACAUAUGAGAAAUAUGGACGGGUUCUUUCUCUUUUGCCUGUAAAUGUAUCAUUGAUAGACAGUGUUGGCUGAUCAAGGUCACCGUUGAUAUGCCGGUGGCAGCAGGCAGAUUUACAUUCAGGUUAAAGUAUUUACUGUCUGACCCUCUUGUUUAAGCAAACAAAUGAGAACUGCUUUCAUAUGUGAGUAAGAAACAGCUUAGUUAUUUCUGUUAACCCUACUGAAAUACUCAAAGUGUUUUGUGGAAAGUCACCGGGGCUCUCCAUUUUAAGAAAAAGCCACAAUAGGGAAGGAAAAAAUCUUGAGGGAGAUUAGGAGGACUCUUUUGAACAUCUCCCAAAUCAGAGGGAGUUAUCAACUCAAAAAAAAAAAAAAAAAUUACCCAUGGCUGCAGAGUCUGUCUCCAGGUUUCCACGGCUACCAACCUAAUGUUGAUUGAUAUCUGUGGCAAUAUGCUAUUUUAGAUAGUCAAACCCAGAACAUGAAAUCUGUCUGGCCAGGGAUGAAAGCGAUCAGCACUCCCUGAUUUGCUUUUAAGGAGUAAAUGUAUCACACUGAGUCUGGCAUAGCAACAGUGCAAGCAAAGACUGCAGCCAACCCGCUCACCUACCUUCCCACUGUAGCUCCUCCUUUCUGUAGCGCCGGACACUUCCUUUUGAGACCCCCAGGAAUGGGACUGGUAAAAACAAUUUGACUGACAUUUCUAUGCUGCGGUUUUGGGACCUCAUGGAGCAUUAACCACAUUCCUAUUUCUGUUCCAUACCUAGCUAUUCAGGAGAGUAAAUCCCAAAGGGAUGAGAAUAAGAUGGAAAGAUUGUUUUGUUUUCUUCUAUUAGGUCAAACUAGUGGUGUAACAACAGAAUGGUGUUAAUAUCUCUCUGGGCUCUAACAGAGGUGGGGUUUUUUUAAUUUGUUUGUUUGUUUGUUUGGUUUUUUUAACCCAUCCCCACCCCACCCCCACUUUCACAUAUGUUGCUCUGCUCUGUCCAACCCCUGUCAGAACCUGAUUCUGGUCGUCAGUUGUUAAAUUAUUUGCACUUUGGCCAUGGGUUGUUAGCUUAAGUUCAACCCAAGCCAGUUUGGAAUCAUAAUAUUGUCAUCAAAGCUUUUGAUGGGGUUAAUCAGGUGCAUUGUUGGAACAGAAUUCAUUUGUUAUUUAGGUAAUCGCAGCUACUUUGAGAACUGGCUUAAUGAUGCCUGUAUUAACAUUUCUAAUGUUUUGGCAAAAACAAUAUAUUGACAUUCUACUUUACCUGCUAGUAUCAUGGAAAGAUAACAUGACAACUUGAAAGAUGCAAAAGACAUGUACAAAAAGAACCCCAUAAAUGCUAAAAAAAAAAAAAAAAAGGAACCCAAAACCUCAGGUGAACCUUCAGCAUGUGACAACGCCGUGAAUCUCUCAAUAGCGUGACGCUGGAGAGAGAGGGCUUAUGGGACAUUUUCUAUGUCAAAGCUUCUGAAAGGGAAUGGGGUAUUAUAGCAUAAAAUCUCUUAGAGUAAU